AUGUUGAAAAAAUGCAUUAUUGGGAUUUGUUAUCUUUCAGUUUUAGUUCAUUCUAAGUAUCAUUACGAAAGAAGUUAUAAUCAAAAGAGAAGUUUUGCAAAUGAAGAAGUUGCACCAACUUGGGAACAUCAUCAUGAAGAAGAAGAACAUCAUGCUGAAUGGGAUGGUGAUAAUAAUAAUCAAGAUCAACAAGAUGUUAUUGGAUGGGAAGGUGAUUCUAUAAAUGAUUGGGAUAAUGAAUCUGAUGUUGAAGAAUCUUGGAGUGGUCCAUUAGCUGAACCUUGGGAAGGUGAUGAUUAUAAUGGUGAACUUGGUUGGAAUGAAAAUCAAGAAGAAAAUUAUGAUUAUGAUUAUGAUGAUGAAGAAGUUGAUUGUAAUGAUGCUGAUAAACAUUUUGGUGAAACUCAUGAAGAACAUACACAAGAAGGUCAUAUUCAUAAUGUUCAUGAUGUAACUGAAGAUGCUAGUUCACAAGUUCAAUUACCAGCAGAUGCUUAUUCAUUAGAAUAUAUUGAAGCUUUAAGAAAAAUUGGUGUUCAGAAUGUUGCAGCUGGUGCAAAAGGUAUUACUUAUUCAUUUUAUACAAGUGCAGGUGCAUGUAAAGCUCCACAAGAUAUUCAAAAUGAUAUUAGUAAAAUUCAAAAUUUUGAAGUUAUUAGAAUUUAUGAUACGGAUUGUGAUGGUAUAAGUAAUAUUUUGAAAACAAUUGGACCAAAUCAAAAAAUCUUUGCAGGUAUUCAUUAUCCAGAAGUUGUUGAUCAAUCUGUUGCCAUUUUAGGUGAUGCUAUUCAAUCAAAUGGUGGUGAUUGGAGUAAAAUACAUACUGUUUCAAUUGGUAAUGAAAUGGUAAAUUUUGGUAAAGCUACACCAGAAGGUUUAAAAGCUUCAAUUGCACAUGCAAAGACAUUAUUAAGUGCUAGAGGUUAUAAUGGACCAGUUGUUACUACUGAUACUUUAGUUGCAGUGUUGAAUAAUAAAGAACUUUGUAAUAUUGGUGAUUAUAUUGCAGUUAAUUCACAUCCAUAUUGGGAUGGAGGAGUUCCAGCUCAACAAGCAGGACCAUGGUUACAAUCUCAACUUUCCAUGCUUAAUGAUGUUUGUGAAAGAAAUGGUAAACAAAUCUUUUUAGCAGAAACCGGGUGGCCACAUAAGGGGAAGAAAUUUGGACAACAUGGUGAUCCUUCAAAAGAUAAUCAGUUGAUUGCAAUUAAAUCUAUUGUUGAUACCUUGGGUCAAGACACAAUCUUAUUCACCACAUUCAACGACUACUGGAAAGACGGUGGUAGUCAUGAUGUUGAGAAGUACUGGGGGAUCUAUGAGGACUAG